CACGCUUUUGGUAAGAGUCUUCGGUGCUGCAUGACGCGCCGAGUCCGUUCCUUGACUCUGAACGACGAUGAGCAAUAGGUCUGAGCCUCUCUCAAUCGAGGCGUUGCUACAGAAGCAGCGACAAGAAAAAGAGGCUGCUUCAAAGCCCAAGUUCCUAACUAAAGAAGAAAGAGCCAAGCUUGCGAUUGAGCGUCGAGCACGAGAAAUUCAAGAGCAAAAGGAACGGGAAGAAGCUGCUCGUCGAGACCGCGAAGCCCUCGAAAGGGAAGCUGAGGAACUUGAACGCGCACAUGCAAGCAAGUAUCCCAAAUACGACGUCAGAGAACCCAACCGGUAUGGUGACAGGGACAGAGACCGCUACGGUCGUCGAGACUAUGAUCGUCGGGGCCCUCCUCCCUCCGGUCCCGCCAACCGAGGGGGUUACCAAAACAUUCCUACAGGACCUCGAGCGGACAGGAUGAAAGCACAACCUCCUCCCCCUCCUCCUUCAGGGCCAUCUGGUUCUGCUCCGCCUCCUUCGAUGCCUCCUCCUCCUCCUCCCUCCAACGCCACUUCCAGCAGCGGGGGAACUGCCCCAAUUGACUCUGAAAGUUUCGUUCCCGCCCUCACCGAAAACGACCUCACUGCUAUUCGCUCACGCUACCUCGGCGUCGACAAGAAGAAGCGCAAGAUUCGUAAAAUGAAUGAUCGCAAAUUCGUCUUUGAUUGGGACGCCCAGGAUGAUACUUUGGCGGAGGAUUCGAUGAGUGCCGUAGGACAGAAUAGGCAGGGAGCACAAAUCAUGUUUGGAAGAGGGCAUUUGGCGGGUAUGGAUGAUGGUGGAGGGUCUGGUCCUAGGAAAUCUGGUGCAGGUUCUGUACCCGGUCACUUGGCGGAUGCGAUGGAAAGGAGAAGAGCGCUGAAGCAGGGGUAUGACGAUAGGCAUUGGACGGAGAAACCAUUAAACGAAAUGAAGGAGAGAGAUUGGAGAAUCUUCAGAGAAGACUUCAGUAUAUCAGCGAGAGGUGGCAACAUCCCUCAUCCUCUGCGUUCUUGGGAAGAAUCGGAUAUUCCCCAGGUCAUCCUCGACUGUAUUGAGCGCAUUGGUUACAAAGAACCAUCACCCAUUCAACGACAAGCCAUCCCUAUUGGUCUUCAGAACCGUGAUGUUAUCGGUAUUGCAGAAACCGGUUCCGGUAAAACUGCCGCCUUCGUCAUCCCCAUGCUCGCAUUCAUUUUGACUUUACCCAUAUUCACGGACGAUAACCGACACCUUGGGCCCUAUGCACUUAUUCUGGCACCGACCCGUGAAUUGGCCCAGCAGAUUGAGUCUGAGACCAAGAAGUUCGCCACCCCGCUGGGGUACAAGUGUGUUUCUAUCGUCGGUGGUCGAGCCGUUGAGGAGCAACAGUUUAAUCUCCGAGAAGGUGCAGAAAUCAUUAUCGCCACACCAGGCCGUCUGAAGGAUGUCUUGGAGCGACACGUUCUGGUGCUGUCGCAAUGUCGUUACAUUGUCAUGGACGAAGCCGAUCGAAUGGUUAAUCUCGGUUUCGAAGCCGACCUGACUUUCAUCCUGGAUCAACUCCCAACUGAUACUAUGGAGGGUGAAGAACAAGGAGAGAAGAUGGAUGUCGAUGGGGAAACCAUGGUGAAGAAAGGCCGAACCAGAGUAACCACUCUAUUCUCAGCGACUAUGCCACCCGCCGUCGAACGCCUUGCACGUAAAUAUCUCAAGAAGCCGGCGACGAUCACUAUCGGUGAAGCUGGACGCGCUGUUGAUACAGUUGAACAGAAGGUUGAGUUUGUCAAUGGAGAUGAAAAGAAGAAGCAAAGGAUGUUGGACAUACUCAACAGUGGCCUCUACGCGCCUCCCAUCAUCGUUUUUGUCAAUCAAAAGAAGACAGCAGACAUGGUGGCCAAGGAUUUGUCUCGGGCUGGGUGGAGCACUUCGACAUUGCACUCGGGCAAGAACCAAGAACAACGAGAGGCGGCGUUGCAAGCAUUACGAACAGGCGAUGCCGACAUCCUGGUAGCUACUGACCUUGCAGGCCGUGGAAUAGACGUGCAAGACGUUACUCUGGUUAUCAACUACCAGAUGGCCAAUACUAUUGAAGCCUAUGUCCAUCGUAUCGGUCGUACUGGACGAGCUGGGAAACUGGGAACAGCCAUCACCUUCUUGACGAAUGAUGACGACGAAGUCAUGUACGACCUUAAGCAAGAAAUCUCCAAGAGCCCAGUCAGCAAAGUGCCACCUGAGUUGGCCAAGCACGAAGCGGCGCAACACAAGGUUUCGCGGGAGAUGAAGCGGAAGCGAGAGGUUGAGGAUGUGGGUUGA